CUGGCAAGUAGUAACCGGGUCUGACGUCUGACUUAUCAUUUAGUCGCUCCUUCGUCUCAGACACUAAAACGGUGUUUCUCUUAUUUUUUUGUACUAAAAAUCUACGGUCAUCAUGGCAACCACACGUGUUGGUCAAAUUAUGUUCGGCAAAGGCUUGCAAAUUGGCCGGAAAUCACAGUACUUUGCGUCGAACGUGAAAUAUUAUUGCUGCCAAGUUCAGAAUUAUGAGUUUAUUAAGGUUGAGACCACCGGCGAGAAACAGAACGUCGCUCUGGUCACAUUGAACAGACCGAAGGCGUUGAACGCUCUGUGCGAUAAACUAAUGACGGAAUUGAACGAUGCCGUUACAAAGCUCGAUAUGAACGAGAGCAUCGGCGCGAUCGUCCUCACCGGCAGCGAGAAAGCAUUCGCCGCCGGAGCUGAUAUCAAGGAAAUGCAGAACAAUACUUACGCCCAGACUAUGAGAGGAAAUUUCCUCACGAUUUGGGAUGGCGUCAGUCGACUUUCAAAACCGGUGAUAGCUGCCGUGAACGGCUACGCAUUAGGUGGUGGGUGCGAGUUGGCGAUGAUGUGCGACAUCAUUUACGCCGGUGACAAAGCAAAGUUCGGCCAGCCGGAAAUCGCGAUCGGCACGAUUCCCGGAGCUGGUGGCACCCAGAGAUUGACCAGGGCAAUCGGCAAGAGCAAAGCAAUGGAGAUGGUGCUUAGCGGAAAUCAAAUCACCGCUGAGGAAGCAGAGAAAAGCGGUCUAGUGAGCAAGGUUGUCCCUGCGGACAAACUCAUUGCCGAGGCGGUGAAGUUGGGCGAGAAAAUCGCUUCCCAUUCUCAGCUGGUCGUUGCCAUGGCCAAGGAGUCUGUUAAUACUGCUUAUGAAACCACUCUGAAAGAGGGGCUUCAUUUCGAGAAGAGGAUGUUCCACGGCACAUUUGCGACGGCUGACAGGAAGGAAGGGAUGUCCGCGUUCGUCGAGAAAAGAUCGCCGAAAUUCACCAACCAGUAGAACUGAGUAUACUCAACUUAACGUUAACGUGCAAUCGAAUACUUAUUUUUGUAUUGAGAAUUUUGUAAUACUUUUUAUAUUGUUGUUCAAAUAAAAAUGGUUCCUAAUCGUUUUAAAUGAAGGGGGCAAAGACAA